ACGGAAUCAAAAAUGGAAUCCGACCACAAGAAUCAUCCAAAUCCGAGUGAAAGUUUCCAUCUGAAUCAAUUCGAUGGAUCAAUGGUCUAUCAACCAUCAGACAGAUCAAACGGAUCCCUUACCAAUGGAUCUUUCAACAACGGAUCAAGCAACAGUUGUUCGCCUCCAAAUAACGGAUUAUCGUCACCAAAAAACGGCGAAAUGGAUUCAGAAAAACAAAGAUACAACUCCCAAACGGCGUCUACAAAAGCGGCAAUAUUGAGCACCCAGGAGGAAUAUGAUAAAUGUAGACAGUUGUACGAUUAUGACGAGGCACCAGCACAUCUCAGGUUCAAUCCAUUCAUAAGAUCAGGCUACAGAGGCAUUCUGUCCACACAGAUGUGCCUAGAAUCAGUAUUCUGGUGGACGAACGAAACCAUCAAUAUUUGGUCACAUCUUUUCGGGUAUCUUUUGUUUUUGGGUUUGACGGUCACCGAUUUGGCGCUUUUGCAAAUACAAGCUGGAUGGUUUGAUAAAUUGAUUGUCGGGGCACUUUUGGGAUGUUUUCAGGCUUGCAUGAUCCUAUCAUCAAUGUACCACACAUUCUCCUGUCGAUCAGAGCACGACUACAGAAGUUUCCUUGCAUACGACCUGUUUGGCAUCUCCUUAAGUCUCUUUGCCAUUUACAUCUCAGGAAUAUACUAUGCAUUCUGGUGCUUUCCGGCUCUGAAGUUCUUCUACAUGGUAACCGUGACCAUCUUUUUCUGCGUUGCAAUGGGCGUCCAAUUGCCAAGAUUUGAAUGUUCUGAUGCCAUCAAGAUGUUGACUUUUGUUAUUUGGGCUGGUUAUGGAGUUAUUCCGACAAUACAUUGGACUAUUGAGAUGGGCGGAUGGGAAAAUGCAAUGGUCAAGUUGCUGUUACCACGUGUGCUCGGCAUGUACCUGAUAUCAGGAUUGGCUUUCCUGAUCUACCUGACCAGGAUACCAGAGCGUUGGUUUUCUGGUCGUGUCGAUUAUUUGGGACAUUCUCAUCAGUGGUGGCACAUCUUUGUUGUUUUGGCACUUUACUACUGGCACAACUCUGGACUGAUUUAUAUUGAUUACAGAAUGCACAACGCCUGUCCAGGACAAAGCGAAAUCAUACCAAUUGCACGUCCAUACUAAAAUAGCGAAAAAACAGAGCAAAACUAAAAAAGUUUUAAAAUUUUAAACCAGAAUAUUCAACAACCCUUUAAAAACA